AUGAGAGAUUAUACUUUUGCGCCACGAAGGUUUCAUUUAUACUCUUUGAAUUAGUGAGAGAGAGGAAAAACGACGGUUUUUCGAUUUUUUUUUCUUCCAAUUCUCAUUAAUGGCGGAGGAACCAGCGAAUUUCACACCCGACCCGAAUCAGAACUCAUUCGAAGCUACAAUCGAAUCUGGCGACGAUUUCGGAGCCACCGAGUCCACUUGCAACAAUAACAAUAACAAUGCCGGAAGUUCCUUGGUAAAUUCCGAUGGUGACUUCGAGAAGUCGUUGGAAUACGCGGAUGAGUUGAUGGUUCGAGGCUCAAAAGCCGCUCAGGAGCGUGAUUAUGCUGAAGCCACAGAGCGCUACAGCCGUGCUUUGGAAAUCAGGGUUGCUCAUUAUGGUGAACUUGCACCUGAAUGUAUCCAAUCUUACUAUAAAUAUGGAUGUGCCCUGCUGUACAAAGCUCAAGAAGAAGCUGAUCCAUUAGCUGCAAUGCCCAAAAAAGAUGGUGUAUCCCAUGAAGAUUGCAGUGUAGAUGGAUCUGUCAAGAGUACUAUAAAUGGUGAAUCUUCUGCUGCCUCGGUUUCCAAUAAUGAUGACCAAGGUGGAAGCUCAAAUAAUUUGGAUGAAGCUGCAGAUAAUGGUUAGUAUUUGCUUUUACUGAGUUCCAUGGUAAUUCAGAUGAUGACUUCUGUAAAUGUUUCUAAUUUGUAAUUAUCUACCAUCAAUGUUACUGGUUAUCCUAUGGAUGGGCAAUAGAUAUGCUUUGAUCGAUAGUAUUUAUAAGAUGACUUGUAUAUGUCAUUGGUUUUCUUUAAGAAUAGUGAGAAGUGAAAUUGCCGCAUGUUUUCUUUAUGAAUAGUGAUACAUGCUGUGGUAUCUACUGAUCUAUAUUUUGGUAUUAACUAUUACUGCCAGUUAUAGUAAAAGAAGUCAUCAUAUAUAUCAUUAACUUGGAUAGGACUUCUUCUAUCUGCUAUAUUUCCCGAGAGGAUUAUUUUCUGAGACAACUGUAUUCCCCAUGCUCCCU